AUGGCGGGCGGAUCGCCGGCCGCCAUGAGCCGGAGCCGCAGCCAGAUGGAGUCCACGGAGGCCGGCCGGGCCCCGCCGCCCGUCAGGACCCGGCUGGCCACCCGACCGGGCCUCGAGGACCGAGCGAACGACUACUUGUAUGACCCACUGUUCACCGUGUCCAGCGAGCAGGACCACGCGCAGGCUAACAUCCGGGCCAUCCUCCUACAAAACAGGCUGCUCAAGUUCCCCAGGUUUCGGAACAUGUUCAGCCAGCUGCGACACUACCCCAGCUUCUCCCUGGUCAUGUCCACCGAGGACCCGGUCCCGCCGUUCAUCGACCGCGCCUGGAGGGGCCCGGCCCAGCGGCGGAAGGAAGCCCUCCGGAGGCUGGCGGCAUCCGACCCUUCUUUUCGGCCGCCCCGGGACGUUUACGAAGACCCCGAAGUCAGCGGGAGGAAUCGCUACAAGUAUUUCGAACGGCCAGUCCUCCCGUUCUUCAAACAGAUGCCCCUCAACGCCAUCCUCACAGCAGCCAGAGCGUUAUAUCCGAGGAUUCUCGGCGUCGUCCCCUCUAGGCCCUCCGGGGGUCCCUUUCCCGCGGCCCACCAGCGGCAGCCGGGCAUCCCCCCGGCGCAGACGGUGGGCACCCAGACGGACUACCGCGACGGCGAAGCCCAGACGGGGCCGUACAGCCCCGACUACGUGGUGGUGUGUCAGGAGUCCAUCCCCGAGCUGCUGACGCUGGCCACGCUCACCUGGGGCCGGGGCCUCCCGGCGGGCCUGGCCGAGGUGGAGAUGAUCGAGCGAGCCCGGGAGAAGCGGGCCUGGGAAGCCACCCUCCCGCCCCUGAACGACUUAGCCCAGCUCGACAAGAGGAGGAGGAUGGUGGACGAGAUGGAGAGGAGAGAGUGGGCCUUCCGAGAGCACGAGAUCGGGAAGCUGCAGGAAGCCCGGCUGGAGGUGCUGAGGCGGCUGUUGAAGCAGCGGGCGGAGAGCCAGAGCCGGCGGAGCGAGACGCGGCUCCGGGCCCGGUGGGUCCGGCUGCAGGAGGAGAAGGAGGCCAAGGGGCGCGGCCUCCGCCACGACCACGUGACCGCCAUCAGGAAGCUGAGGCUGAAGGGGCAGAACGUAGAGGGCCAGCUGGAGCCGAGAGACGUCAUCCGGGAGUACACGGAUUUCGGCUCCCAGUCCUACGGGCCCCUGGCCCGCGUCGGACACUUCCCCGACAGGAACGCGGAGCGCUACGUCGUCCGGAACCGCUUCCUCGACACCUACCAGGGAUUUCUAGAGCUGGAAGCGUCGCUCCCGGCGUCUCUGACCCAACCCCGCGUCCGCACCCCGCCCCGGCCCGACCACACGACGAAAGACGGGUUCCUGAAGAAGUCGGCGAGGCUGGAGAACGAGCUGGCCCAGGUCCACCAGGUGCUGUUGGAGAAGAAGAAAAUUCAGGAGCCCAAGAAACCCCUGCGCUUCCUGGAGAGGAGGACCAAACCGGCCCCUCGACCUCCGACCCCGACCUUCGAGAUGCCUACCAACGAGGAGGAGGAGCAAGAAAUGGCCAUCGUGGACCUGCAGAAGCUCCUACGGGGCCGAGCCGUGCAGAACGUGAUGUUCGAAGGGAAGGAGAAGCGUCUGGAGCUGAUCCAGGAGCUGCGCGGCAGCCACGCCCUGCAGGAGGAUGACCGCUUGGUCAAGAAGCUGGAGAAGCAGGUCAUUCUGGCCCUGCAGCGCCAGCGAGACCUGCAGGAGCACAAGGUGGCGUUGGUGGAGGACCACCUGGCGGGGCUGGCGGGACGGGCCCUGGUGGACAUGCUGGACUUCCUGUCCAAAGAGCUGGUUCGGCUGCAGGAGGAGCGGCGCGUCCACGCCUUCGCCCAGCUGGCCGAGCGGCAGCGGCGUCUCCGCGAGGCCGAGGAGAGCGGCCGCCGCCAGCGGGAGCAGAGGCGCCAGCGGGAGGAGGACCAGAUCUUCAAGGAGGUGGUUAAGGUGCACCAGAGCACGGUGACGUCCUACCUGGAAGACAUCAUCCUGGGGACCCAGGAGAGCACCGCGGAGGAGCAGGCCAGGGAAGAGAUCCAGAAGAAGGCCUCGGAGAUCAACGACAUCGCCUACGAAAUGGAGAACCGCCGGACACACCUGCAGUCGGAAGAGAUCGUGGCCGAGCUGGUCUACAGUUUCCUCAUCCCGGAAGUGCAGAAGAUGGAUUUCAAGGAGAAAGGCCGCAAGGAAGAGCGGCCGGAAUGA